AUGCUCGACACUAUUGCUGCCCAAUCAUCGAGUGAGCACACCCCGCCAUUGAAGUACGACAAGCUCCAAGCAACAGGGGCCCUGAGGGCUUCAUGGAUAAGGGAUCCCAACCAAAGAUGCCCAAUUAACCCUUCACAGCUCACAAUGCAAAACAUGGCAGAGUCAGGAUGGGGGCUCCGGCACGAGAAACGACACUUUCCACCAGACCAAAUCUACGAAGAGGCCGUCGAACUAGGACUUUCAGAAGAAAAGCUCUACCGCAAGAUCGUGCUAUGGAAAUCCGGAGUAUGGCGCGGACAGUACUGGGUGCAUGACUACAUGUUACAAACAGGGCCAGGCGUGAUUUUUGCCUUGGAUAGCUUCCGGGCUGACUCGGCAUAUUGGGCGCAAAUUGCGCAGGCCGUUUACAAAGAAGAGCACCAUAUCGAGGACCUGAAUUACGUCAUCCAAUGUAAUAUCAUCAACCCUGAGACUAUGCUGUUUGUACAAAAGAGCCUCUAUGUUGCAGAUAAUGGUCUUGGCUGGCCAGAUGAUAGACUGCAUGUCUGGGAGGAGAAUACCGCUGAAUAUCAGGCUCUGCUGGGUACGAGGCUUGCUAAAGGUGUGGCAUAUUUGAUUAUAGGGGCUUUCCCGAGAGGAACGAGGCGUAUUGCGAGGAUUGUGACUUGGGGAGGUCGGUAUAUCCCCUACAUACAGAUGCGGUAUGAUAUUGAGAAGGUUUGA